UGUACUUUAGUUGUCAAAAAAUCUUGUUCUCGCUCGCUUGGCUCGUUCUGUGUUUGUUGUAUCAAUUUGUAUGUCAAUUAUCAAUUAACCCUCGUUUAAUAAUGGCCUGUUGAUUAUUAAAAAGCAGUGCUCGGUGCUGAUACUAUCGAUGUGCACUUCGAAGUUUGUGUAAAUCAUGGCUGCUGGCGGCGAGGAUCUGUGGCGCGAGUGCGCGUCCUGGCUGACGAGAUGUGGCUUGCUACGUCCCGACCAUAAGGCGAACUGGGAAACGAGUUCAAUCCAUGACCUGGCGUACACCCUGCGAGAUGGCGUACUGCUGUGUAACCUGCUCAAUGUGCUGCAUCCAGGCUGCAUUGACAUGAAGGAUGUGAACCAGCGGCCUCAGAUGGCACAGUUCCUGUGCAUGAGGAACAUCAAGGUGUUCCUCCGAACAUGUCACGAGGUGUUUGAGCUGCGGGAGACGGACCUGUUCGACCCGUCCAUGUUGUUCGACCUGUCCAACUUCCAUCGUGUGCUGUGUACACUGGCCAAACUCAGCCAGUGCCCUAAGGCUCUGGCUAAGAAUAUCAAACCAUUCUCGGCGUUACGAACACAGUCGGAAGAGGACAUCUACAAAGAUCUGCAAUCUGUUAGCGCCAGUGCGACCAUGGCGCCUCCCCCCUACUCGAGCGUGAUAGAGGAGUGCCCCGGGCACCCGGCGGCGGCCGAGGUCCCCUGGGUGCAGUUCACGAUACCCUCCGCCACCUGCGAGGACCGCGUGGAGGAGAUUUACGAGGAUCUCUGUUACGUCAAGUUUACAUCAGCGACGCCAGAGCUAGCGACAUCGUCACAUAGUUUAGAAAAGAGAGAUUACGUUAUAAGAGAGCUGGUGGACACUGAGAACAACUAUGUGGAUGUUCUGAGCAAAAUUAUCAAAUACUUCCUGAGGCCACUGAUGCCGUACCUCAAACCUCAGGAUAUGCAAGUCAUAUUCUUCGGGAUUAAGGAACUGCACGAGACACACACAGGUUUAUUAAGGCAGCUGAAGUUAGCAACAGAAGCGUGUGUGCCUGGCAAUGGCGCGCCGCGACUGGCGGACGUGUUCCUUGCGUGGCGCGAACGAUUGCUGCUCUAUGGAGACUAUUGCUCAAACCUCACCAACGCUCAGGAUACGCUCAAAAACUUAGAUGCCAGAGAUUCUACCUUCAGUAAACAGUUGGCGAAAUGCCAGAAGGAACACAGCGACGGUCGGAUACAGCUGCGCGACAUCCUGUCGGUGCCGAUGCAGAGGGUGCUCAAAUAUCAUCUUCUGCUUGACAAACUGGUGCAUGAGACGCAGCCCAACCAUGAGGAGUUCCGCGGAUUGGAGAGGGCAAAGGAGGCGAUGGUGGACGUAGCGCAGUACAUCAAUGAGGUCAAGAGGGAUAGCGAAGUUCUUGCGCUACUUGCUAAAGUACAGGAGAGUAUAAUAGACUGGGAGGGCGGCGCCCUAGGCGCGGGGGGCGCAGGCUUGGCGGCGUACGGGCGCCUCCUGCUGGACGGCGAGCUCAAGGUGAAGGCCCACGAGGACCAGAAGGUGCGCUCGCGGUAUGUCUUCGUGUUCGACAAGCUCAUGUUGCUCUGCAAACCCGUCAAGCUCUUGUCGUCCCAGGACAACCAGUACUCGUACCGCGUGGGCGUGCGCCUCGCUGAGUAUCGCGUGGAGGAGGGCUGCGGCAGGCGAGCGCUGCGGGGGGACGCGCGCUGGGCCUCGCACUUCUACCUCGUCAGACGCACCAAAGACGCAACCUUCACGCUCUACGCCCGCACUGAUGACGCCAAACGCAAAUGGGUUAAAGCUAUUAGGGAUGCUAUCGACAACUUGGAGCCUCCAGGCUGUCGGAGUACGAACCAUAAGUUUGUGUUACAUACAUUUGAGAAGCCUGCCACGUGCCACCAUUGUUCCAAGUUCCUCAAAGGAAGGAUAUUUCAGGGCUACCUGUGUACAGUGUGCAAUGCGUGUGCGCACAAGGAGUGCAUCGCUCUGUCGGGGCGCUGCGGGGGGGGACUGGCCCCCGCGCCCCCCCUGCCCCCGCACCACCACGCGCCCGACCAGGCACUGCACUACUACAUGUGGUACGUGGGCGAGAUGGGGCGCGAGACGGCGACGGCGCGGCUGGAGCGGCGCGUGGACGGCACGUUCCUGCUGCGGGUGCGGCCGCACGCCGCGCACCUCGCGCACCUCGCGCCGCCGCACGCGCACGCAGACACCAACCUCGCGCUCUCGCUCAAGACAGAUAACACAGUGAAACACAUGCGCGUAUGUCGCAAGCCGAUAGACCAGGUCCAGCACUACUACCUGUCCGAGUCGAGGUUCUUCCGCAGCGUCGUAGAGCUUAUCACAUACUACGAGAAAACCAGUCUCUCUGAGAACUUUGAAGGCUUAAACUCAAAUCUCCGCUGGCCAUUCCGUCGCGUUGUAGCGACAGUGAUUCACGAUUUCCGUCCACUGGAGAGCUCCCAGCUAGCACUGCGGCCCGGGGCCAAGGUACUGGUGCUCAGCAAGGAGGGGGACAGUCGGGGCUGGUGGAAGGGACGCACGCUUGAUAAGGGUGACAACCGCUCAGGCUACUUCCCGAAGGAGUGCGUGCGCGAGGAGCCGGAGUGUAUCGGCGCGCUCGACUGAUGUCAGCUUUGCCUCGCCGAGCGCGAGCUACACUUCUCGUCGCCCAGGACCGCGCACCUGCUGGACGACGCGGACACUGCCGACCUCGUGUAGCCGGUCUCACACGCCCAGCCAGCGAGGUACACGGCCAUCAUAUAGUCCACGCGACGAACGAACAUUCUUACAUAUUUUUGAGGGUGUUUUAUUGUAUCUAAAUGUUCUAUGUCGGUGUUGUCGAAACAUGUGGAAACUCAGUAGGCGACGCCCCUACCAGUGGGCGGGAGGUGACAUAAGUCUUAGCAUAAAUGAGUGUUUAUUAUGGAGCAGAAAGCGAGAACGAGGGACGCAGUUAUAUUUUCAUAUCGAUGUUAAACGGUUCGAUAAAUGGUAGGUAAUAUAAGAUUGUACGAAAUAGUAAUGGAUGUGUAUAAUAGUGGCAUAUACCACGUGUUUAGAGAACUGUGUAAAUAUAUAGAGGGAGUGUAUAAAAUGUACAAUGAUGUAUGGGGUAAGCAAAGAUAGAGAUGGCUCCUACCUCGACAGGGGAGGGAAGGUUCGACUGCAGAAGUGCUGACUAGUAUAAUUAUAAAUGUGAACAAUACAAAUAUAAAAGAGUAUCUCUACA